AUGGGUUCUUUCGAGCUAGUCUCUUCGUUCGAAGUGGAUUAUGCGCCCGUUUCGGUCAAAAAGUGGAAGUCUUCCAGGACUGGGCUUGAGUUAUGUUUGAUCGACCAAGAGUGCCCGAUAGUCAACGGAUGGUUUGCCGUUGCGACUGAAAUAUUUAACGACAGCGGAUGUCCACAUACCCUGGAGCACCUUGUGUUCAUGGGAUCAAAGAAAUACCCAUACAAAGGACUGCUAGAUGUGUUAGGUAACUUGUCUUUUAGUUCGACGAACGCAUGGACUAGUACAGACCAGACUGUUUACACAUUAACCACUGCUGGUUGGGAAGGUUUCAAAAUGCUUCUGCCAGCAUACUUGGAUCAUGUGUUGCACCCCACUUUGACUGAUGAAGCAUGUUACACAGAAGUCUAUCAUGUUGAUAGUGAGGGAAAAGAAAAAGGUGUGGUUUACUCCGAAAUGGAGGCCAUUGAGAGUCAAUCUUAUUUUGUCACAGAAUUGGAGAAGCAAAGAACGCUGUACCCGAAAUCUGGAUAUAAAUCCGAAACAGGUGGACUUCUGAAAAAUCUACGUGUUCUGACAAACGAUGAAAUCAGAAAGUUCCAUGCUGACAACUACCGUCCGGAUAAUCUGUGUGUGAUUCUUGCUGGUACUGUUGAUGAAAACGAGUUGCUUGAGUGUCUUGAAAAUUUUGAUGCUGAGCUACCGGAAAGAUCAGCAGGCAACAAGAGACCGUUUGUUGACUCGGAGCAAGACGAACCAUUGAAAUCAAGCAUUGUGAAGACCGUUUAUUUCCCAGACGAAGACGAGUCUUCAGGAUCCUUAUCCUUAGCAUAUUGCGGUCCAAAAGGUGUUGAUUUGGUCUCGUGCCUGGCUGUUGAGGUUCUUGGAAAAUACCUGACUUUUUCCUCCGUCUCGCUCUUUAACAAAUACUUUAUUGAAGUUCAAGACCCGCUCGCCACAUACACAUCCUUUUACACCGACGACUAUAUUCAAACGACCAUGAAUAUUGAAUUUUCCAACGUCCCGGUCGACAAAUUAGACGAUUUCCCUUCAAAAAUUACAAAGCUGCUUCAGGAUCAUGCAAAAGAGCUAGAUCUCGAACGUAUCAAAGAUAUCAUUGAUCAAACAAAAUGGGACCUUAUUUACGAAGCUGAAAGCAGCUCUGAAAUGUUUUCGACAUCGUUAAUUUUCCAGUUUUUGUACGGUGACAAAUCUAGCAAAGACUUACCUGCCUACUUGAAGAAUCUUGAUGAUUACGAAGAAUUACUGUCGUGGGAUCUGGAGAAGUGGACAGAAUUAUUCAAGAAGUAUUUUGCGGAAAACCCUUCAUUGACCAUUCUUACCAAACCAUCGGCUGAGCUUUACAGGUCUACCAAGAAAGAGAACAAGCACAUGAUUAAAGAUAGAAAAGCCGAAUUGGGUAAAGACGGAUUAGCCAAACUUGGUGAAAAGUUAGAGGCAGCCAAGAAGAAGAACGAUGCACCUAUUCCAGACCAAAUUUUAGAGUCCUUUGGACAGCCCGACCCUGCAAAGAUCAAUUUCAUCUCGACUGAAUCUAUUGCAACCGGUACAAACAAAGAUGUUGUGAACGACCUUACUUUGGAUUCCACAAAGAAGAUUUUGGCAGAUACUGCACCAGAGUUCCCAUUAUACGUUCAUUUCGAGAACAUCAAGUCAAACUUUGUGACAAUCGACUUGCUGUGUUCCACUUUCGAGAUCGAUAAAGAUCUCUUGAAGUACAUCCACAUAUUUGAUACGCUAUUCAGUUUACCAAUCGAGGAAGACGGUAAGGUUAUUCCCUACGAAGACGUUGUGAAGCAGCUUCAAAGAGAUACAGUGCUAGCUACCGUCUCAACUUCGUUUGAGUACAAUUUCGACGAACUCCUUACUUUCCGUAUUAUUGCGAGAUCUGAGAAUUAUGAGAAGUCAAUCAACUGGUUCACCAGACUGCUUUUCAAUACCAAGUUUACCAAAGACAGAGUCAAGGUUGCUGUUGAAAGAGUUGUGAACGCUUUACCGGAACAGAACCGUUCUGGAUCGUUUAUGUUGAAGACUAUAUUUAGCAAACACAUGCUGAGUGAAAGGUCUAUCGCGAGAGCUGGGCGUCCGUUCAUUGAAGAGGACUUUUUGAGAGGCUUGUUGGAGAAAAUUGAUACAGAUUUCGACUCUGUGGUUGGACCAUUAGAGAAAUUCCGUCAACAAUUGCUGAAGCUGAACAAUUUCCGUGUGCUUGUUGUUGGAGAUGUUUCUAAGCUUGAGCAUCCUGUUUCGCAAUGGGAGAAGUUCAUAUCCGUUCAAAAGAGCACAAAUGAAGAUAUCACCAUGAUCCCAUAUACAUCCAAGGUUCUCUCCAAGGAUGGACAAGAAAAGUCUGACAAAUGCUACAUGGUGACUACUCCUGGAUCGUCAUCCAGUUUCAUGAGCUUGAUCACAAAGAUUCCAUUAGAUGUCAACUCUCCAGAUGCUGCGAAAAUCAUCCUUGCAGCAGAAUUCCUCGAGUGUGUUGAAGGACCUUUCUGGAGAGGUAUUCGUGGUACUGGAUUGGCUUAUGGUGCCAACAUUUACAAGUCAGACGAGUUUGGUUUCUUGUCGUACGCUAUUUAUCGUGGCGCCGACUUGGAGAAGUGUUUCGAAGUUGGAAAGGAAAUCAUCGAAUCUUAUGCUACCGGAAAGACUCCUAUCGACGAGAAGAUGCUACGAGGGGCUGUUUCUUCUGUCGUUAAUAGUCUUACCGAUAGACAGUCUAACUAUGCUAAGGCUGCAUGGAGGAAGUACUAUGAUGAUGUCUUAAUCAAGCGUGGGCCAAACUACAACCAAAAGCUGAUGAAAGCUUUGGCAGCUGUUACUGCUGAAGACGUGCUUGACAUUUUGAACAGAUAUUUUGUUCAAUUGUUUGAUCCUGCUACAUCUAUGUGUUUCAUCAGUUGCAACCCUACAAAGUCAGAAAAUAUCGAGAAGUUCUUCUUGGGCAAAGGUUACAAGGUUACUGUGGAGCACGUCACAGCAGGAAAUGACGAAGGGGAUAAUGACGACAGCGAAGACGACGAGGAUGAGGAGGAUGAGUCCGACGACGAUUCUGACGAAUCCGACUCCGAGGAAGAAUCUGAUAGUGAAUAA